GCCACGAAUCUCUUCUUCGCGACAGAAGCUGAAAAGGAGGUCAAACUGCCGGUGAUACGCUCUGGCGAGCCAAGCAAUCCUUGCAGUGUGCGCUGCUACACCCAGGAUCUGUCUGGACAGGCCGGACUGCGGUACGCCAAGGUAGACACGACCAUCGAGUUUCCUACCGGUUCAACAUUGGCCUAUGUCACAAUCCCCAUCCUCACAGACAGUGCCUGGCAUACCUGUGAGGAAUUUGCCGUCAAGCUCGCGGAUCCUGACAGAUGUCACAUCCGUGGAGGCGGUUGCCGAGUCAAGAUCAUUGACGAGGACUGCUUUCCGAGCAACGACGUGGCCGAGUACCUUGUGCCCCCGUCCUCACUGGACGAAGUGCCACAGAGGACAUUCGCAUGGAGUUUCAUCCGGCUUUGCAUGAUGCAGCCCGAUAUCAAGCGGAAGGCAUUGAUUCACGUUAGCAUCUCGUUGCUGCACAAUCUGUACUUUUUGAUGACUGUCUUCCUGAAGGUGUAUCUCAUCAACGUACUUUUGGCAAAAGCAGGCGAUGAGGCCCAUGCGGCCGCCCGGACAAGUCUGAGCGAGCAGGCC